ACUGGGAUCCUAAGCUGCCCCUCUGCACUGGAUGGAACCCAUCUCUGUGUCUGUCUGAAGCAGUGGCUGUCCACCCUGACUGGGCAGCAGAACCACCUAGGGAGUUCGCUUAAAGCCACAGGUGUGGGGUCUCGGAUAUGCAGCCAGGGUUGAGAAGCGCUGACUUGAGUAGUACAGAAAAGCCUGCCAUUGCUCCGCCCGUCUUUGUGUUUCAGAAGGAUAAAGGACAAAAGUCCUCUGCAGAGCAAAAAGACUUGUCCGAUUCAGGAGAGGAGCCUCAGGGGGGUGCUGAGGCCCCCCACCAUGGCACGGGUCACCCCGAGUCAGCUGGCCCACGUGCCCUAGAACCUCCUGCCCCCGAUAGCACUUCGGCCAGCACUCCUCCACUUCCCGCUCCUGAAGCCCAGCCUCCUUUUCCUCGAAAACUGUCAGGGAGGUCAGCUGGAGGCUCCAGCCCCGAAGCAGGAGAAGAUUCUGACCGAGAAGAUGGAAAUUACUGUCCUCCUGUCAAACGAGAAAGAACGUCCUCUUUAACCCAGCUUCCACCUUCACAGUCAGAGGAAAAGAGCAGCGGGUUCCGGUUGAAGCCGCCAACACUGAUCCAUGGCCAGGCACCCAGUGCAGGUCUGCCGAGCCAGAAGCCCAAGGAGCAGCAGCGCAGCGUGCUUCGCCCAGCCGUGCUGCAGGCCCCGCAGCCCAAGGCGCUGGCACAGACCGAACAUGUGGCUUGUAGAGGGGCUGAGGCCUGGCCGGACACUGUCCUUCCUCCCACAGUCCCCAGCAGUGGCACCAAUGGCGUCAGUAUCCCAGCAGACUGCACGGGGGCCGCAGCAUCAUCGUCACCAGAAAACCCUGCGCGGCGAAGUCCGUCUGAGGCUGCCGACGAGCCGCUCACCCUUGAGAAGAGAGAGCCCCGGAGAAAUGAAUGUAGUGACGGCUCGGAGGAGAGCGGUGCACGGCGGGCGUUCGUGUUUGGGCAGAACUUGAGGGACAGGGUGAAGCUAAUGAACGAAAACACUGACAUCGCUGAUAUGGAGAACGCGGGACACCCCAGCUCUGAAACGCCAACCGCGACCAACUAUUUCCUCCAGUACAUCAGCUCCAGUGCAGAGAACUCAGCCAACAGUGCCGACACCUCCAGCACCAAGUUUGUGUUUGGCCAGAACAUGAGCGAGCGCGUGCUGAGCCCCCCCAAAUUGAAUGAGGUCAGCUCAGAUACCAACCGGGAAAACGCAGCUACUGAGUCCGGGUCUGAGUCCUCUUCCCAGGAGGCCACCCCCGAGAAAGCCAGUACCAUUUCAGAGUCCCUGGCCGAGUCGGCGGCCGCCUACACCAAGGCCACGGCGCGGAAGUGUCUGCUGGAGAAGGUGGAGGUCAUCACCGGCGAGGAGGCAGAGAGCAAUGUGCUGCAGAUCCAGUGUAAGCUGUUCGUCUUUGACAAGACCUCACAGUCAUGGGUGGAGCGAGGCCGGGGGCUGCUCAGACUCAACGACAUGGCGUCAACCGACGAUGGGACGUUACAGUCGCGACUAGUGAUGCGGACCCAGGGAAGCCUACGGCUGAUCCUCAACACCAAGCUGUGGGCCCAGAUGCAGAUCGACAAGGCCAGCGAGAAGAGCAUCCGCAUCACAGCCAUGGACACCGAGGACCAGGGUGUGAAGGUCUUUCUGAUUUCGGCCAGCUCCAAGGACACGGGCCAGCUGUAUGCGGCCCUGCACCACCGAAUCCUGGCCCUGCGCAGCCGUGUGGAGCAGGAGCAAGAGGCCCAGGCCCCCGCCCCUGAACCCGGAGCCCCGUCCAAUGAGGAUGACAGUGAUGACGACCUGCUGGCCCCCUCGGGAGCCCCUGGAGCUGGUGCCAGUGAGGAGGGGGACGGGCAGGUGCCCGGGAGCACAUAGCGGAGGUGUCGCUGCACAGAGGCUGCUGCUUUGGUGUCU